UCUUUUCAAUUCUAGGUUCUGCGUGUUGAUAUGAGAAUAAAAGCUUUUUUUAAUUUUCAAUAACUAUAAAAGCCUUUAAUUGUUAUUUCUUGUAAAGAAAAGUCAACGUUUUGGCGAUGUAAUUGCUGACAAGUACAGUUAUUGUGAUCUCCUUAUUCUAUCACGAGUUAUCUUCAUACAGUUCAAGAAGGUUGAAAAGUUGUGGGCAAUGGCCGUCCUCGUGCAGAUUUUUAGAGGUUGUGCUUGGAAAGUGGGGAAACUUCCUUUGGAAACUCCAGCAUGCAGUAUUGGUGCACUUUAUAUCCACACAAAACCCAUUACCCCUGAUGUCUAUGGCAACACUAAAGCAAGGCGUGCACGAGAACUGAGGCCUAGAAGAAACUACCUUCUGAAUGAGGAUGUUGAAAAGCAACGGAGAUCUCUGUUGCAAAGAAACCCAGAAGUAGAGUCUUCAGUAGCUGAUGUAGAGGCAUCAUCAGAUUUGCUGCAGAACUUAAGAGAAAAGAUGCCAGAAUUUAUGCCAAGACCCGAUAUAUUGUCUCGGGAUCGUAUCUUGGAAAAACUAGAGCGCCAGGACAUGUAUCGGAGACGGGAAGUCAUCAACAUUCCUGAAUUUUUUGUUGGCAGCAUCAUGGCAGUAACAGUGGCUGAUAAAAGUGCACCAGGGAAGCAGAGACGCUUUGUUGGGAUCUGUAUUUAUCGUGAAGGACAGGGUUUGUCGGCAAAUUUCAUCCUUCGAAAUGUAAUCGAUGGGCAAGGUGUGGAGAUCCGCUUUGAGCUCUACAACCCAACAUUGUUGAAGAUUGAAACGCUGAAGCUGGAGAAGAGACUGGAUGAUCAGCUGAUGUACCUGCGAGAUGCUCCACAAGAAUACAGCACUGUACCCUUUGACUUUGAGCCUGUCCCUCUGCCAAAAGGCGCUGCUGUACCUCUCAACCCAUUAAAAGUCAAAUUAAAUCGUAGGCCUUGGCAUGAAAGAUGGGAGCGAAUGAAUCUGAAAGGUGUGGAAGAUUUGGGCCUCCCUGAAAGAUUCUACAAGCGAGCUCAGGAACUUGCCAAACCUUGGGAGCGCUUUGACCUCAUGAAGCAGUACAGGAGUACAAUUGAUGAUGAUGAGGCCCAGACUGUCAUGAAGGAAGUAUAUGCAAAGACAAAGAACAUACAGUCUUUGCGAAGACAACAAAGAACCCAGAAACAAAAAGAGAAAUGAUACUGUUCAUCGGAAAAUGUUCAUGUUAUUUGCAAAAAUAGUUUUAAUACGAAGAACAAUGCCUGAUGUUUUUCUGUUGUCAUUUUACCUUUUUUUAUUAUUAUUAUUUUUUAAUCUGGCAAAUAAGUCCAGAGAAUUAAUGGCUGCUGGAGUUUCUCAUGAAGCCUAUAAGGAAAGUGAACUUUGUUAAUUAAAGAUUGCACGGUGUGGUCGCUCAUUUAUACCUUAGAAUUACAGUUUGCCUCAUUGUAAAAAUGAAAAUAUGAAACUUCAUGUUGCACUUAACCAGUAAAUGGACAUAAAACAUUUUGAUGAUGGUG